AAUAAACUUAAUAGCAUUUUUCAAUAGCAUUUACGAUAUUAAUUCUUUUUACUUGGUUAAGAUAAAAUGAAAGUUUCCCGGUAGGUUGCGAGAUAAAAUCAACUUGAUACUUAAAGUCUUGAAGUUAUUUAACUUUCGAAAUGUGUCGUUGUGGUCUUUGUUUAUGUUUGUGUUUCAAGAAAAGACCGGAGGAAGUUUUUGUUAAACCUAGGAUGGGUGUUGGACCUAGCACGACUGUCCCAAAGAACCUGAUCCUUUAUAUUCACGGAUUGAGCGCCCCCUCGCGGGCUGUAUGGAUGACAGCCAAGGCAGCUAAUAUUCCUGUUACCAUACGAUACCUGGAUUUGUUCAAAGGUGAACAUAAAACGCCGGAAUUUGCAAAGAUUAACCCAGAUACAACGGUGCCUACCUUACAAGAUGGGGAUUUCUCUCUUUGGGAAAGUCGGCCGAUCAUGACGUAUAUAGUGUCUCGUUACGGGAAGAACACAAGGUUAUAUCCAAAGGAUCUCCAGCAGAGGGCGGUGUGUGACAGACUACUACACUAUGAUCUAGGCUCCGUUUAUAAAACAAUCAGUGAAUACAUGUACCCGCAGUUAUUUCAAGCGAAACCUCCGGACACGGACAAAGAAGGGGCCAUGCGGAAAACAUUUGACUACAUGAACCGUCAGCUACAAGGUCAGAAAUAUAUGUGUGGUGACGACAUGACAAUUGUUGAUAUAUCCAUGGCAACAAACCUGGCUCUCAUAGAAUUAAGGAAUUAUAAACUAGACAAUUGGUCUCAACUUAGCAUAUGGUUUCAGAGGAUGAAAAGUUUGUCUUACUGGGCGGAAUGUAACGCUGGACUUUAUGAAUGGAAAUUACCCAUGUUAGAAUAGUACACGUGUAUAAAGUAAUCAGGUGUAUGAACAAAUGAUAAUUAGGAGCAAACCACUUUAUAAUCAUUUUUUUCUUUUUUUUUAAAAUAUUUUGGUGGUAUAUGAAAACUAAGCAUGUAUUGAGAAUGUAUAACUGAAAUUUGUUUAAUUGGACAUUGUUAGCACAAAUUAGUAACACUAAAUAUAGAUGUCACUUUAUGAUUUUGAAGUACAAGUCACCUACAUGAUGGAGGCUUGGAUAUAUAGAUUCUAAUAAACGCUUCAACCUCACUGACUUUAUUACAGUCAAGGGAGGUAACUAAAAAUACGGACAAGAAAUAAGCAACCAGAGCAUUAUGUUACUGGUAAAUCAACGUUAAGGUCUGAGCUUUUCAGAUUUCAAACACCUGAUACAUUUAGACUAAGUCCAACAAUACAGAUCCAUUACAUUUAGUAACAAACUCUUAAGUUUUGGUCAUUAUAUUAGGACAAAUAUUUAACUUGCCUGUAUUAAUUCAUAUACAUGUACUAAUAAAUUUUAGUUUUAGUAACUACUGUAAUCAAGACAAUGGAAAUAAAUAGACAGACUGAAAAAAAAAGCCGAAUUGUCAGUUUCAGAAUUAAAGUGAUCAUCUGCAGGCACAAAAAAUUAACGAAAUCUUUUACUUUUAUAUGUUUACUUAUAUAAUAGCUCACAAUUAUGUAAAAACUUUCAACAACUUUUAUAGGAUAGCAUAUACAGAAUAAGGUACAAUCUUAGAAAAACAUAUGAAUAUGCUAUAUAAAGUACCAUAUUUAAAGAAUAAAUUAAAGAAAAUUA